GGCUUGGCACAGACUAUAUUCAUUACCAUUCUCUCUCCUCUCUCUCUCCCAGAGCAUCUCUCUCAUCUCCAUGGACAACCACGGCCAGAGCUCAGGGCGGCGCCACCGCGAGCAAUCGCUGUCAUCUUCGACGUCUUCGAGGAGGAGUUUGAAGAGGAAACUCGACGAUGAGUUCUCCGUGGAAUCGCCUUCCGAUAUUCAGCAAGAUCUCGUGCGCGAAGUCCGGGCGCAAGUCGAGAUCCUAGAAGCGACCUUCUCUUUCUCGGAGAAAGAUCGUGCUUCAGCUAAGCGCGCUAUACAUGUCCUGUCAGAGCUUUCGAAGAACGAGGACAUCGUGAAUGUUUUGGUGGAUUGUGGGGCGGUUCCUGUGCUAGUCAAGCAUCUUCAGCCUUCGCUCCCAGCAAGAGAAGGUGAAACCGGUCCAAGGCCGUACGAGCAUGAAGUGGAGAAAGGCAGUGCUUUCACUCUCGGACUUCUUGCCAUUAAACCAGAACAUCAACAGCUCAUUGUUGAUGCAGGAGCUCUGCCUCAUCUUGUGAAUUUGUUAAAAAGGCAUAGAGAUGGUACAAAUUCUCGAGCUGUAAAUGGCGUCAUUAGGAGAGCAGCUGAUGCAAUAACAAAUCUUGCUCAUGAAAAUAGCAGCAUUAAAACUCUAGUUAGGAUUGAAGGUGGCAUUCCUCCACUUGUUGAAUUGCUUGACUUUUCUGACCCCAAGGUGCAGAGAGCAGCAGCUGGUGCCCUUCGAACCCUUGCUUUUAAAAAUGAUGAUAACAAAAACCAGAUUGUGGAAUGGAAUGCUCUACCAACUCUUAUUUUAAUGCUGCGCUCUGACGAUGCUGCCAUACGCUAUGAAGCGGUUGGCGUAAUUGGAAAUCUGGUUCACUCAUCUCCGAAUAUCAAGAAGGAAGUCCUUGCUGCUGGAGCCUUGCAGCCUGUCAUUGGAUUACUGAGUUCAUGCUGUUCAGAGAGCCAAAGGGAAGCUGCUCUUCUUCUUGGACAAUUUGCUGCAACAGAUUCAGACUGUAAGGUGCAUAUUGUUCAAAGGGGCGCUGUACCUCCUCUAAUAGAAAUGCUCCAGUCACACGAUUCUCAAUUGAGAGAAAUGUCAGCUUUUGCCCUGGGAAGGUUGGCACAGGAUACUCAUAAUCAAGCUGGUAUUGCCCAUAGUGGAGGAAUAGUACCAUUACUAAAGCUUCUUGAUUCUAAGAAUGGUUCUUUGCAACACAACGCUGCAUUUGCUCUUUAUGGGCUUGCAGAUAAUGAGGAUAAUGUUGCUGACCUUAUUAGGGUUGGGGGUGUUCAGAAACUUCAGGAUGGUGAAUUCAUUGUUCAACCAACCAGGGAUUGUGUGGUUAAGACACUGAAAAGAUUGGAAGAAAAGAUUCAUGGACGGGUAUUGAGCCAUUUAUUGUACAUGAUGCGGGUUGGAGAAAGAGAUGUUCAAGGGCUUGUGGCUCUUGCCCUGGCACAUCUUUGUUCCCCAGAGGACCAAAAAAACAUUUUCAUUGAUAGUAAUGGACUGACGUUACUUUUGGAGCUCCUGGAAUCCAGCAACUUAAAGCACAAAAAGGAUAGUUCUUUGGCUUUAUGCAGGCUAGCUAACAGAACAAGCUCACUUUCUCCUGUGGAUGCUGCUCCUCCUUCCCCUGUACCUCAGGUCUAUUUGGGCGAGCAAUAUGUAAAUAAUCCUACAUUGUCCGAUGUCACAUUCUUAGUUGAAGGUAAACGGUUCUAUGCUCAUCGAAUUUGUCUUCUUGCUUCUUCUGAUGCAUUCCGGGCUAUGUUUGAUGGUGGCUACCGGGAACGAGAUGCCAAAGACAUAGAAAUUCCAAAUAUUAAAUGGGAUGUUUUUGAGUUGAUGAUGAGAUACAUAUACACUGGAUCCGUAGAAGUCAAUCUAGAUAUUGCUCAGGAUCUUUUGAGGGCAGCUGAUCAGUAUCUAUUGGAGGGCCUAAAACGGCUGUGUGAAUAUGCCAUCGCACAGGACAUAUCAGUGGCAAACGUCUCUCUAAUGUUCGAGCUUUCGGAGGCAUUCAAUGCAUCCUCUUUGAGAAAUGCUUGCAUUCUAUUCAUCCUCGAUAAGUUUGAGAAAUUAUGCAUCAUGCCAUGGUAUUCUGAGCUGAUUGGGCGGAUCUUGCCCGAGACUCGUAAUUACUUUGUGAGAUUGCUGACGAGACCUCUUCGCCCCCGCCCGGAAUUAGGACAAUAGGAGGUUUGGCAGCAGUUUUGAUACUGAUCAUCCUUGACUAAUUAACUGGAGAAUGAUGGUGGUGGUGGUGGUGGUGUACAUAUAUUUGUUAGGUUCUUGCUUGAGCCAUGGAGAGGAAGCCCAUUUGUGAUCUCUUGGUCUUGAAACUGUUGUAAGUCUUGCACCUUAAUGCCAACACUUACACUGCAUAAUCAUCCAUUUUGCCCUAUUAUUUGGACUGACUAUAUAUAUAUAUAUAUAUAUCUAUAUCUAUAUCUAUAUAUAGCAUCCAUAUGCAUGCAUGUUUUGCCUCAUCAUUGAAUUUGUGUUUGGCUUUUAGGAUUUUUGUUUGAUUGUGGUGGUGAUGACGGGCAGGUUUUGUUCUUUA